AUGAUUUCCCGGCGUCGUGGAAAUGUCUGGGAAGUGGAGGAGGUAUCUCUUCUUCUGAGGGUUGUUCGGAGGAGUGGGCAUGCAUCUCGGUUAAUGGCCAGCACGCAAUCAAGCAACCGCGGCAUCUAUCGAUUUCUUUCAAGAGUGCUACGCAGUCGCGGAUUUCAUCGAACGGCCAAUCAGUGUCGAAGCAAACUCCAAAAACUGAAGUCCGAUUUCAUUUCAUCAAUGGAGGCACUGCAAUGCAUUCCUAGAAGCAGUCGUAGAAUUAGGGUGCACAACGCGAUGAUGCUAAUCUGGAAGGCGGCAGGGAGGCCUCGAUGUCAAGAAAGACCUCAUGAUGAGAUUAUCUGUGAAAGAGCAGUCAAGAUUGAAGAAACUUCAUCUGAGGAUGAUGAGAAUUCAGAAACUGUUGCAGUGGAAUCAUCAAGUGCAGCAGAAUCUGAUGCGCAAGCCUAUGCACCUCUUGGAGUGACAACUGAAGACCCAGCAAAGAUCAAUACAGCAGCAUUUCCUCAAGCUUCAGAGAGAGAAAGAACAGAUGACAGUGGAUCUCAUCGCCUAGAAACUGAAGAAACCGUAAUCGUUAUAUCUUCCGGCAAUAGUCACGAAGAAGCAACUGAUGACAUGACUGCUCCUGAAACCAUAAUGCCCGGAGAUGUAUCUCCACAACCGAGUACCUCAGCUUCUUUAGCAACACACAGUGGUGCCGCAGUGAGAAAGUAUGCCAUGAGCGCUGAGCACAAACUUCACAUAAUUGUGGAAACAACUUCUUCUGAUGCUGAGGAUGAGGACAGAAACGCCGUUGAGGAAGGCAGAACCGAGGAUGCAGAGGGAACUCCAGUUCUCUCAUUUUCCCCAGGUGAUACUUCAGCGGGAGGUUUGCGUGACAUGAUGCCAAAUAAAGACCAAUCCGCUGAUAUUGGCGAGAUCUAUCGUAGUAUGCAGGGAAUACAAUCUCUAUGUCUAUCAAGAAUGGGAAGAUACCAUGAAAGAAUAUGCCGAUUGGAGAGAAACAAUAGAAGCCUUCACAAAGAACUGAGUUCUCUAAAGAAAAAGGUUUCUGCACUUGAGCGAGGUCAUCGCAGCUCAGGAUCAGAGCAAUCAGGAGAUGACAAGAAGAAUUAG